CAUAGAUAGUAUACCAUGACGACAACGACAACAACAACAACAACAACCAAGAUGAAGAAUGAACUCGGAUACGAGAUGGUCGAGUCUUUGGAGGAUCUAUUGGGACGCCUGUUGGUUGCUUCCGAGCGCAAGAUUAGCCGAUCGGUCGAACCCGAUGAAGCCGUGUGGAUGUUAGGGUUGCCCUAUCCGGCCGAUGCUACCAAUGAUCAUUUACGCACACUGCAGCGUCUCUACGUGGCAUUAUUGCAGAACGAUCCUGUUCUCGAUCGAUUAUUGAAUAUGUCAGAGGAAGAAGAUCAAGCCAUUCCAUUACUGUACUUUUUAGAGUUUCCAUUCAUGGUGCUCUGUGCCCGCAAAGACAAGACGGGCUUGUUGCAGUGCCAGAAUCAACAAGACUUUGAAAUUACAGAGAUUGCCAGACGGAUACUCUGUCAUGCCAAGAUACUCUCGUUUUGUCGCACCGUCAUUGCACCACACAACACGACGUGUUCCGCUUCUCUCAUUACCAGUGCGCUUGGAAUCCUCAACAGUCUCAGUGAUGCCUUGGGGAUUCUGUCCAACUCCAAGGCCAAAAAGAUGAUUCAGAGACAUGUCUACCGGCAUGAGUCGUUUAAUGAUGGAUUUCUCGAAUUACGUGACGACUUGGCUACCCUCUUGUCCUCCCACGGUAAUAAUCCAAAACCACAAAUGGUGGCCAAUGCCAUUCUGGUACAGUGGGAACUGGUGGGAACCGUGGCAGGCAGAGAUAUGGCUCCCUCCAUUCUCGGCAGUGCACCCCAGCGAGACGUUUUUGAACAGGCAGUGCUUCGUGUACGAGACCAGUUGGAUCCAAUGGUAGUGUUGCAUUUGCUACAACGACUCGGAUCUUGUGACAGCGACACUACAGUUAGAAGCUCAUCAUCACCCUCCGCUCCCCGCGCCGUCUAUGUAUGUGGCAAUGGCGGCUGCCGCAAGAAAACCACCAAACGGUGUGAUCAAUGCAAAUGUGUCGGAUAUUGUUCGAGAGAAUGCCAAGUGGCCGAUUGGAAAGCCGGACACAAAAAAGUAUGCAACAAAAGCAAAAGCAAGAAACAGAAUGACAAAAAAAUAGGUGCGGCGGCAGCAGAGACGCGAGACGUCACGAGCCCCGCAUUGGCAAAACAAAACGAGCUUCUCCAGAAAAAUCCCGGAUUUGAUUAUGUGAUUGUACUGCCCGAGGGAAAGCAUGAUAUGGGAGUGCAACUGGGAAUUCCCGAUAUAAAGGCCGCGUUUGGAUGCCUGCGGUCCCAAGCACCGCAGGAUCCACAGUGUGUCAGCACCAUGUACAAGUUUUUGCACGCAACUCAUCCAUUGCACAAAGAAAUCAUUCGCAAACAGCUCUUGGCGGAGUAUGGAGUAGAUCCAGAGACUCUACUACGAGGACCCAGCCUGGACGAGUGGAACAACAACAGCAAUGGUCCGAGCCAACAAGUCAUGGAAGUUGUGGACUAGCAAACUGGUGACGACCAAAACGUUUUGAAGGUCCGCUAGCUAGAUAGAAUGCCGUCAGAACGGCCUGAAAGUAAUAAAAUAAGAUCCUUGUCAC